CUACGCAUGUUUUUAAAAGAGCGGGAAAUUGAAGUUUUUAUGUUAAAUAUGGAACUGAAACAUUAGUAGGGGUAGAUAUUGAUUAUAUAAUAAAAACACCUGGUCACAAAAUGAAACUAUAUUGUUUUUAGAUGUUUACUCUAUUUCUGUAUACAAAACAUUACCUAAAUAAAUUUAUCGAGCAACUUAAAAAAAAAAUUUUUUUAUUGGUAUUUAUCGUCGACUGUUUUUGUUUAAGCUGUUAAUUUUUUUUAUUUGUUUUUGAAUAAUGCAAGGUUAUACGAUAACUGGAAGAAUUGGUGAAGGUGCUCAUGGUUUAGUUUUACGAGGUAUACAUUGUGAGAGUGGUAAAGAAGUGGCAUUAAAACGUAUUAUGAUGAAAAAAAUUGAUGAUGAAAUACCUGUAUCGAUAAUUCGUGAAAUAAAAAGCUUACAAGAAUUAAAUCACCCAUAUAUAAUAAAGUUACUAGAUGCAUUUCCAUCGGGUUAUGAUUUUAUAAUGAUAUUUGAUUAUAUGCCAUCUGGAUUAUGGGAAUUAUUAAGGGACAAUGAUAGGCCAUUGACGGUGCCACAAAUUAAAAUUUAUUUUAAAAUGCUCUUAGAGGGCACACGUUAUAUGCACAAAAAUAAUUUUAUGCAUCGGGAUCUUAAACCAGCAAAUUUAUUAAUAAAUAAUGAUGGAAUAUUAAAAAUAGCUGAUUUUGGAUUAACAAGAUUGAUGUAUGAUGACAGUACACAUCCAUAUUCACAUCAAGUGGCUACAAGAUGGUAUCGUGCCCCAGAAUUAUUGUAUGGAUCGAAAAUUUAUACGUCUGCCAUUGAUAUGUGGUCAGUUGGUUGUAUAUUUGCAGAAAUGAUUAAUAGCUCGCCGUUAUUUCCGGGUGAAACAGAUAUUGAACAAUUAGCAAUUGUUCUAAAACAGUUGGGUUCACCGACACCAGAAUCAUGGCCUGAAUUAACAUCCUUACCUGAUUACAAUAAAAUUACUUUUCCGUAUCAAACAAGUAUUCCAUGGGAACAAAUUGUUCCUGAGGCAUCAUCUGAAGCCUUAGAUAUUAUACGUUCCCUUCUGAUCUACAAUUCAUCCAAACGGUUAACUGCUGAAGAGAUAUUAAAACAUAACUAUUUUUAUGUAUCUCCUUUUCCUUGUGAUGUUAAACAGUUAUCAAAGCCAACAUAUAAUCAUAGAAAUCAAUUUAAAACAGAAGAAAUUGAUUGUAAUAUUAAGUCAACUGAAUUAUUUGCUGAUUUGAUAAAAAUUAUGUGAUAAAAAGAAGUUUUUUUGGUAGAAAAUAUAAAUUUCUCAACGCCAUAUGCUAUAAAAAAUACAGACUUGAAUUCGUCCGACGUUAGAUUUUAUGUCGUUUAAUUUAACUAUA